CCGUGUACUCGUCCCAUCACUAGUCGUUCGCGAGUGGAUCGCGCGGGCGGCGAGCUGUACUGGCCGGGCGGCCAGCAUCACUUCCGAACGAACGAACUAUCCCACUCGUGUGCCGUGUUUACGAAACCCUGCACUAUCCUACACAACCCUAUUCUGAAAAAAAAAAACAUUACAACAAGCCCUUUGGUUAUAAUAGUGCUGUGCUGACCGAUUUUGGAUUUUUUUUAAAUCGGGAACGAGACCGUUGUAUGGACUGCUGACUGCAUCACAAAUCGAAUAAAAUGGCUGAAAACGGGUACGGUCCAGGCGGACACAUCGGCAGAAUCCCCAACUUCGGAAAAACGCAUGUCAACCCAAUGGGUGCCGUCGAGCCGCCAGCAUGCAUUCAGAAUGCGAUGAUGACAAAGGACAAGAAACCCUUCACAUACACACCAGGUGGCCUUGACCUGUCUCAAAUUCGCACUCCAAGCAUGGCGAGAAGACUGGCAAGACAGCGGUCUUUAGAAGACCAACAAGAACAGCAGUAUGCUCAGCAACAACACCAUCAGCAGCAGCCCACAAAUGGCGGCUACCACCCACAAGGAGGACCGGCUCCUCCACCACCCCCACCACCUAAAAUGCCUGUCCCACCCCCACCACCACCGAUUGUUAUCCAAGCUCCGAAUUCAAAAUCUCCAAAACCCGUUGCACUCGGUGAACGCCCCGAAAUUGUAAUUCCAGAAAAUCCGAUAGGAAUGUUACGAAAAACGAAUAGCCCUUACCACUGGGAGGCUGAAAAGGCUGAACUACAAAAGUUGGGUAACACUCCCAAGUAUGUAGAUAAGGUCCCAAGCCCUCUGACGGUAAAAAUGCCUCCUUCCACAUUUAGUCAGCAGCAGCCACAGACUUACACACCACCUUCACAAAAUAACUUCCAACGUGGUCCUUAUGGUAAUCAGCGUAACCCUGAGAGCCCCAUCUAUAAACCUGAAGCACAAUAUGCUCACCAGCAUUCUUCCUCUCCCCAAGGUUCACCACCGACGAGAGAAGUGUUACAAAGACAGGAUUCUCAGUUUAAUAAAAGUCCUCAGCCAUAUGCUGGUGUACCUUCCUCAAACAAUUCUCCAUAUUCACCUAGCCCUAACAACAACUGGCGGCAACCGGAGAAAAGGGAUUCUCCAGCAAACACAAGUAGUCCACAGUCUGCACAUUCAAACCGUAGUCCAUUUACACCCAACACACAACAGUACUCGCCAAACAAUCAACAGUAUUCUCCUAAUUACCAAAACCAAACUCCACCUUCUAACUCAGGUCCUGUGUUCCAUACCUUACCUAGAGUUGGACAGAGAAACGUUGACGCACCGAGUAACAACAACAAUGUGAUGUACAACAACACGAAACCAAGUCAGCAAAACGAGUCUAAUGUUGCUCCUUGGAGGACAGCUACUCUAAACAGACAUCCAAGGGAACAAGAGAAUCAACCACCAGUCUAUAAUAACGUGAACUCGAAUCAAGAACAAUACAUUCCCCCGUGGAAAGUAAAUCAGAACAAUAACACGAAUGCUAACAACGAGAACUCUUACGUUCCGCCAUGGAAACAAGAAAGUAAACCACAGCAGCAGUACACUCCUCCAUGGGUCAAUAAUAACAAUUCUCAGGAUUCUAAUAACAAUCGAGUUCAGGAAAAUAACUCUGCACCUUGGAGAACUCAUGAAGCACCUUCACCACCCAAGCAACAGGAACAACCUCGUUACCAAUCAACUAUGUCUAUCCCUGUGACGCCUAGGAAACAAAAUCAACAGCAUGAAUAUAAUAAUGCUCCACAAAAGGAGGUUGUGUAUGUAAAUGAGGAACCUGUUUACUUCUGUCCUGAAAGUCCGAAGUCUAUUCCUCCAUGGGUAAAAACACAGAAGGAGAAGACAAAGACUCCUCCGCCAACUUGGGUGCAAAGACCGCUGGAAGGUAGGAAGAGUCUCUCUAGAGAACUAAACACACCUCCACGGGAAACGAACCAAGAGCCGGAAUGGGUUAGAAAGAGCAAUGAAAUGCAAAGGGGUGCCCGUGAGGUGGUCAGUCCUCCUAAAUACCAGCAACCAGUACAACCAUCGUGGUCAACGCGACCUUCAGAAAACCGUAAGAGCUUGCCAAGGGACAAUGGACCUGGUUCCCCAGGAACACGAGUUAUUCCUAUUCAGAUGGAGGUAUCAACGACGGAGACUAGGGAUUCGAGGCACGGUGGUCAUCCACAACCUGGCCUGAGAAUUACGAUUGGUAUGAAUCAGAAUCCAGACCAAGCUCGUGCACCAUUCUCACCACCUACUCAGCGCAUCAUGAGGGUUUUGUCACCUCAACUGGUGAGAUUAGAAGACUCAAACCAACAGCCAGACCUGCCGACCUUGAACCGAACUUUCCAAGACAGUCAGCCAAAGACUAGGAUAAUACCGAUUCAGAUUGAAGGUGGCAACGGAGGGGCGAACAAGAGUGUCUACUACCAUAAGUUCACACAAGAAGGGCCCCCAAGACAGUCAAAGGCAUUCAGGGUAUUGCAGAUCAUCACAGGUACCGAGGACUUGGAUGACAUUCAAGAAAUCGAAAAGCAUCAUGGAUUUACCGAUUUAUAAUAAAAUAAUGUAAAUAUAUAUAUAUAUAUAUAUAUAAUAUAUGAGUAUAUAUUAUUAUUAAGUACACAUUUUAAUAUUAGUAAUAUGGCAAUGAAUGUAAUAAGGCAAUCUCACGAGUAUACAUUUAAUUUAACUUAACACGAAAGUAUUUGAAUAAUUCGUAAAUUGUCAAUUUAAUGUAAAAAAAUAUUAUUUCAAAAUCUUAAUGAAUAAGAAUUGGUAGGUUUCGAUCAUAUUUUUUGUUUUAAUUUAAUUUAUUUGGGGACUAAGUUCCUAUACGUAAUUUAAGCUUCGUAGUAAAACAUGUUCUUCUAUUAGCUUAAAUUGAUAUUAAUUUUUUAUUAUUACUUAUAUUACAAGUUUUAAGAUGUGAAAAUAACGACGUAAAUUAUAUUUUCUUAAAUAUUAUUUAUAAUUGUUAAUAAUACCUGAUAUACAAUAUUUACGUAUUAUUAAUAAGAUUAACUGUAUUAUAAUUUAAUAUUUAUACAUUACACGAUUAAUUUACGCUAUGUAUAUAAAUCGAAUAUUAAUAGCGAUCCGAAAUAAUUAUAUAAAUAUUUCGGAAUUAUACUAAUGCUCAUGAACACAGCUAGCUUACCAAAGA